CUUUCAUUUUCUCGAGGAAAAAAGAGUAAAAUUUUCUAUUUCUGACACUGAGAUUCUCCCCUAGCUAUUCCUCUUAAUUUUCCCUUUCAGUUUUUGUUUCCAUUUCCACCGUUCUCUGCGUGACUUGAUAGCAUAGCACCGUCGUUUCAAGAAACGCGUUGACCUUUUCUUUUUUGGGUUGUGUUCCACCAAUUCAAAGUUUUGAUCUUUCUGAAGAUUUUAAAGUUGCAACAUGAUUUUUAGUCAAAAGGGUCAAAUGGGUUUCUUCCAAAUCAUUAGAUUCAUCUAAAUUCUCGCUUCAAUUUCAUUUUUGGUUUUCUCUGUUUUUGUUUGUGUUUAUGUUUUAUGUUGUUCUUGAUGGAUAAUUCGGAUUCAAAGGUUGUUAUUAAUGAUGUUAAGAAUUACAUAAUGGAUAAACCUGUUGUAGCUUGUGUUAUGGAUGGUGUUAAAGUUGAAGAUCAUGUCAAUGGUGAAGAUGAUAGUGAUUCUAAUUCUUUGUUGCCUCCUAGAAGAGGUUGUAUGUCAAGAAACUGUAAUAAGACAAGAAGGAAAGUUCAAUGGAAUGAUAAGAAUGGUAAUAAACUUGCUGAGGUUUUGGAAUAUGAACCAAGUGAUGUCAGUGACUCAGAAGAUGACGAAGAUUCAGAUUCUUGUAUCUGUACAAUAAUGUAGAAAUCAUCUUGAUAAUAGCUGUCUCAAACUCUCUACUGGAUUAUUCAGAGGCAUAAUUGUAGCUUGCCAACCCUGAAUUUUACCAAACUAGAGACAAAACAUGUUUGAUCUUUGUCAUGAGGUGGAGCCACAUAGUCCAAAUGAUAACCUCGACACGCGGUUUCUCAAGUCUACCGAUACUUGAAUUCAGUUCACCUUAUUGAAUCCAAGUAUCGAGAUGGUUCUUACACGGACUGUGCGAUGAAUUCUUGGAUUGUAGUUCAAAACACGCGUUACUUCCAGCAAUAUGAUUUGGAUGGUGAUGAUAGCUUUCAUGCUUAACCACAUUCUACUGAUGCUGUAAUAGUUGUGCAUUCAACUGAUUAGAAUCAUUAUCUUUCUAAUUAUAGAGGUCAAACCUCCAUUAUUUCAUUUUGUUUUUCUUGUUCCUCAUUGUA